UUAAAAUUUUAUUUUAGGGUUUCUUUCUAAUAUUUAGCCGGAAAACAACUACUCGAUCGACAAUCCUCUCCUUUUCUAAAAUUGCACUCUUGUCCUUGCAACUGGGAUUCAGCAGUUAGGUCAAAGCUAUCGCCCAAUUCGUCCUCGUUCGAUUCCAGGAGACACCACAAGAAAUUAAGAAGUCAUAAAACUCGCAAGAUGGUGUGCUUGGCUUGCCUUUUGCCCCUUUUCCUUAUCCCAGUCGUUAAUGCCCUGCCGUUGCUGUUGGAUUUCAUCCUUGGUAAAGUCUACAGGCUUUUUGGUUGGGAGUACAGGAAACCUGCAAGGGUUCCUCCUGCUUGUCCUUACAAGCCUACAAACAACCAGAAUAUACAAGGCAAUGCCGAAGGGAAAGUUGAAUCCUCAGGCCAGCAGGAACCGGAGAAAGUUGCCGCAGAUGGAACCAAAGAAGAAUGAACUUUAGUUGAUUGCAUUUGACAGAAAAAUGUUGGGUUUAUUGGUAUGCCAUCGAUGUGUAACCAUCUCUAGAAAGCUUACGUUACUUGAAUAAAUGUUUGUGUUUGGAUCUGCUUUGUUUCCUAACUGUGCAUCAACUCAAACAUGCUUAUAUUUUAUAACUUUAAUGAUGUGUUAGUUUUGUAA